AUGGGGCCAUAUCAGACGUCAGCGAGAAAACGUAGACGAACGCAAGGAGCAGAACAAGAAGAAUCAUUCGAAGUCAUCAAGUCUGAAAGAUUUUGGUUCGAGGAUGGGAGUGUCGUUUUACAAGUAGCCAACACCCAGUUUCGAGUGCAUCGCUCAACGCUCGCCCGGCAUUCAAGUGUCCUUCGAGAUAUGUUCAGCAAACAAAAGCCUCAGAAGUCUAAAGUUGAGAUAUUGGUUGAAGGGUGUCCUGUCGUCGUCCUGGCAGAUAGACCCGAAGAUAUCGAACAUUUACUGUCAAUUUUUUAUGAAAGUAUCAGAGUGCAUGACUUGCGGGAUCAAAUGGACAUUGAAUAUAUCAGUGCCAUUCUGCGCCUCGGCAAGAAGUACGACAUCGAAUAUCUUAAAGAAGAAGGCCUCCGCCGUCUACAGAGCGAGUUCCCUCUCACAUUGGAGGAUUGGGACUGCCGAAAUGAGCGCAAAAAUAAGGGCUUUUAA